AUGGCGGCAGAUUUGAAAAGAUGUGGUGAAAUGUGCUCAAUUGAUUUGAUUGUUCUGUACGAAAACGAUCGUUUAUUUAUCAAGUAUAGUGAUGACUCAUCUAUUGAACUGUCUUCUUGUGGAUCGGCGUUUGUUCAUCGUCAAACAGCCUUGAGUAGCUCUGCUCAGUUUCGUCAACUGACGAGAUUUGCCGUGAGCUCGUUUCGAUCGAAAAUAAAAGAGGCUAUCAGGAUUCGUAACUUGUUUGCGGCUAGACCAUACCUGUGUAAGGAACUAACAGAUCCACAGGACCUUAAGAUCGGUUAUAAAGAUGUCACGCAGUGUUGUUGGCCUGACGAACCUUCCUCGUGUUUUAUUACAACAAUGUCAGAUGGUUCAGCGUGUGUCAUGUCUGUCGAUGGUCUGGCAAGCUUAACUCUUAUGCCUCACAGACAAACGUUUAUUGUUAAGUUUCUUGCAGAAGUUAGAUACGAUUCAACCAAGAUGAUGGGAAACAAAGUCUCAGAGAUGCAAUGUCAGAAGCAUUAUUUUGCUUUGCACAAAAAAAUUCAUUCAGUAUUUUCCUAUCCUGAGGCAUGGAAAUAUCCUCUCCAACUUGUUCUUGAUGCAGUCAACAACAAAGCCAAAGAUCCUUCCUGCUCCCUGCACAAAGAAACAACUUUGCCAGUGUCUCUGCCUGUCACAUGUAGUGCUUCUCAUCUUCACACAUGGAACACUCAGAUGCCACAUGAUGAUAGCUGCCUGAACUGGGAGUUCCUCUGGAAGCCAAAAGUUAUUUGGAAAGAUGGAGUUACUUAUAGAGUUUUUUGUCAGUCACCUGGCUUGUUCACCAUGGAGAUUCACCCAGUGGAUGGCUCUGUUAUGAGGUCACAACGACCCAAUGGAAGAUAUUUUGAUCACUGGUUUGUUCAUAAUAAUGAACAAACUGGCUUACAGGAAGUUGAGAUUCAAGAACGAGUUUACUCUGCUGAUAAACCUCUUCCACACAGAUUACUGCAAAGGACAGAAUAUUCCAUUGGUCGUCUUUUGAAACAGGCCACGAGAUAUAUGGAAUUCCUCAAGAAUGCAGGGUAUCAAGGAGAAGAAUGCUGCUGCUGGAAAGAGACAUCCAAAUCUACAACUGUUUUAUCCAAGCCAUCUUGUCCAGUACAUCUUGUGGAUGCUGCAGAUGUUCCGGGCACAGGGAGAUUCAAGGCUUACUCAAAUGGACACAUCAGUGUUGUGUUUAAUGACAGGACAAUCCUGGAUGUAAGGAAUUCAAGUGACCACAAGAAAAAUGAUUUGCAGAACCGUUGGUGUCAGCUAGUUCUUUCAAAUGGGAAUGUUCAGCAGUUUAAACUGAAUGAUGUGGAGCAGUGUGGUUUUUACAAAAGGUAUACAGAAAUGGCUCUGCAUUGGGCAGAGUGGGUAGCUGCUACACCCUCACAAAGGAGAACCUUUUACAAAGACACAAUAUGGGACCCUGAGAGAAGAAGGGCCGUUGACAUUGAAAUGGGAAAAAUUAAGACAUUCAAUUAUGUUCAUAAUCAAAAUCAUGUGGAACAUUUGGUGGGAAAAAAGUUUCAGGAUAUUCAGGAUGCUACUGAGAAUGACAGCACUGAGCCAGGCUCAGGCCAAGGUGACAGGGAAACUAUAAUCAGGAGAGUUCUGGAACAGACAAGUGAGGCCAUAUGUGAAAUUGAUGGUCUGCUAACUACAUUAAAAUGUUCAUCUUGAAGAAAAUGCCUCCUCUCCAAGAUUAAGAAUCAA